AUGCCCAGGACCGCACGAUACGUCCUCCAAAGGGGGAAUAACAAGGUGGGCCCAUAUCACGUGUAUCUCGAUCGCACUAUUCACGGUGACAUCCGUUGGACGUCCUUCACUAAUUACUGUGAUGUUGUUCCAUUCGACCGCAUCACAUUAUAUUCUAGAUGGUUGGCAUGUGGGAUCAACACCAUGGUCAGGUAUCUGGAAGAGCGGUGCAUGAGGCAGUUUGGACGUGUGCAGAUGAUACAGAUGUCUCCGUUUGAGGCUGCUUCGGACACCGUUACCCGAGUGGUCCUCACUGCUAUAUUUGAGGAUUGGGCGCAUCAUUUGGUUCCUGAGGAGUAUCGGCGUAUGGUGGCCACCCAGAGCUUGCACUGUGUAGAUGGAUACGUGACAUGGUUUUAUCGGGUGUCACAUCCUUUGAUGACACCCGAUGCUCCCGGAGAUCCAUCUAGGGCAGCACAUGAGGAGAUCUUGGAGAACCAGCAGACCGAGGAUGACCAUGUCAGUGAUCUCCUGCCGGUAUGCCAGCGGAUACAGAUGCUUGGGCAGGAUGCAUUGGACAGAGGUAUCAUUGAAUAG